GACCGUUACUUUGCCCAAUAGACACUAUGCUACUCGAGUGUAUUAGCCAAUCCCGGCGCCGGGGGCGGGGCUUAUCAUCCUACAGGGAAGUGAAGUAGGAUGUCACGUAGCUGAUUUCAUUUACAUUGCCAGGAUCAUCUACGGCUUCAGGGUUUCUUUAGCAGACUGCACCUUCUUGAACACCGCGGAUCAGCAGACGUGAGAAGUUUCCUGUGUGCUGCUGAAUCAGAGAAGAGAAGCAGAUGUUUCUCCACAGGGCUUGUUUACGUCUCCAACGUGUCUUCUCACACACUCGCUCCCUCUGAGACGCAGACAUGAAAGCGUAUCACAUCGCAACCAAUCUCACGUGGAGGACCAAGUAUCUGCUCCUGCUGGUUCUCUGCGCAUGUGUGAUCGUAUGGAUCAAGUCCCACGCCAAGACCUCUGGGCCGGUCCUGGUCCCGACCUCGGCCGAGGAGCACAUCCUGAAGAACAGGAAGGAGGCGCAGAUCGACAUGGAGAUGGAUAUGGAGCAGCAGGAUGAAGUGGACGAGGAGCAAAUUCACGAAAAAAACCUAUGCCCAGAAACGUCACCUCUGCUCCACGGAGCGAUGAGAUUGGCGUUUGAGCCGUUUUUGACUCUGGGCCAGGUGGAGAUGGAGAACAGAGGUGUGAUGGAGGGACAGUAUAAGCCGGGCGAGUGUAAAGCGAGGCAAAGCGUAGCCGUACUCAUCCCUCACCGAAACCGAGAGAAACACCUGCUGUACCUGCUGAAACACCUCCACCCCUUUCUGCAGCGCCAGCAGCUCCACUACGCCAUUUACAUCAUCCACCAGGCAGGCGAUGCGAUCUUUAACAGGGCGAAGUUGUUGAACGUCGGUUAUCUGGAGGCUCUGAAGGACUACAGCUGGGAUUGUUUUAUCUUCCACGACGUGGAUCUCGUCCCGGAAAACGAUCGCAAUUUGUACACGUGUGCACAGCAACCCAAACACUUAGUGGUGGGACGAAACUCCACUGGGUACAAACUGAGAUAUAAAGGUUAUUUCGGGGGCGUGAGCGCGAUGACCAAGGAGCAGUUCUCCAAAGUGAACGGAUUUCCAAACACCUACUGGGGCUGGGGAGGGGAAGAUGACGACCUGCGUAUACGGGUUCAGCUGCAGGGGAUGAAGAUCAUCCGGCCGCCUGCUGAUGUCGCGCGUUACACCAUGGUGUUCCACAAGAGAGACACCGGCAAUGAGGUCAAUAAGGACAGGAUGCGUUUGCUGGGUCGGACGCCUCAGACAUGGAGGCAAGACGGUCUGAACUCGUGUGCGUAUAAAACUCUGUCGGUGGAGCGCCACACGCUGUACGUUAACGUCACGGUGGAUAUCGGAACGCCGCCGACACUGAGACGGUCCUGAGUUCUAAAAAUAGCAAUUCUUCACGUCAACUGCACAAGAGCACAGUGACUCGUUCGUGGGUGCCAAAAGUUUUGCACAAGACCGAGAGAUGGGUGAAGGAGCGUCUCUGGGAUGGUUUUUGACACAGGGUUCUGUUUAAAAAGGGGGCACAGGAGCACCACGGCUCAGCAGAUCAUCUCGAGAGCAAAUGAAGCUCCGCCCCCUGAUCACCUGACUUCUCUUAGAGGAACAUAAAAAACUGCCUGGAAACGGUUCCUGGUUUUCUGUGCUGGAACUGUGCGUUAAAUCCCGAGAGUUCCUGAAAAAGUUCCUGAUUUAGAAACAGGCCUAAUACCAGGAGGUGAUACAGUACCGCUGGUCGGAUCACACACACACACACGCACACACACACACACACACACACACUUGUGUAUAACUACAGAAACUGUCUGGAUUCCCACUACAGCAUGUUCUUCCUCGAGUUCUGCUCUGAACUUUGCCUGAACUUAUCCAGAAACACUAAAUAAAUGCUGAAGAGCAUCUGAUUGGCUGAUGAUGUCCAUCAGGUGGUAUUUUGUCAGGAUUGUUAUUGUGAAUAUUGUCAACGUGCUCAUGUGUGUAAACACUGCAGUGUUGUUGAAGAGUACUUGGUCUCUGCUGAUCGCUGUUACAAGGUGGAAUCAAAAAGUUUUUGAGACUGGUUUUGUAACACACCAGCAGAUGGCAGCACGCGGCAGCUCGCAGAGUCACAGGGAGCACCGACCUUCAUAAGUCAGUGUGAUAAAAGACGUCAUCCUGUGAACAUCUGGAGCUGUGCGACUGGUGUAGUUCUGCCCACGUGACCCCUAACACCCCUCCCGCCCCCUCUUCACCGAUCUGAUGAAAUCACAAGACCUCAAUUCUGCACACCAGAUUUGACACGGUUGCUGAGCGAAUCCCAGAAGACGCUCCAGACGCUUUGAAAAGAAGACUCACGUUCCAGAACACCACUGGGUGGCGCUGUGCUGCUGUGCACGGGGACUAUUUUGAAGGCGAUCUUGUGAAUAAAGUACUCCGAGCGAAUCUCCACACUUUUUCAUACCACCUGGUAUAAUCUGUAUCUUUCUUUAAUCUGUUUAUUUUUUAUGAAAUAAUAAGCGGAGUGUGAAAUGUGCAGCAGAGGGUCUCGGAGCUCUGCGUUCUGGGGACAAGAACCGACACUAUUAUAUUUAUUUCAUAUAAACAUCUUGCGUCCCCACAAACCUGGUUCUGUCAUCAGAUCAGCCGGUCUUCAGUAAUAUUCUGAUCUACAGCGAUCACAUCCCGAGAUUCUCUAAAGGAGAAAACAAUGAGAUUUCAAAGCCUUAUUGUUUUUUUACUGCAGGAUUUUAUUGCUUUUAUUUCCUCAGAAUGUAUCAAAUGAAGCCAAAUUUACAUUUCAAUAUGAUUUAGUUUCAUCACAUUUUACUGUUUGAUAAUCACUUUAAAAUACACGUUUUUUUUCUUUCCUUCUUGCUGAUUAUUUGCUUUUUUUUUUUUUGGUUGGUGUUUUAUAAACAGAAAAACAGCUGUGAGUUUUUUGUGCUUGAGAGGCUUCAGGAAAGCAAAUAAAUCAUUUCUUUAAACAAGAA